AUGAUGACCAAACCAUUUGGGAAGAGCGGGGAUGUGAGUGAGCUGGUGAGCUCCCUCGGCUGGCUGGAGGAUGACGUUAGCUCACAGGAUGGAGAGGAAAGCCCAGAGAUGAGGGGGCGCCAUGGCCUGACUGUAGGGGGCCGAAUCCACUCCUACACAGAAUUGGGCAGUGAGGAUAUGGAGGAGGAAGAAGAAGAGGAUGAUGAGGAGGAAAUUGGACCAAAUGGAGAAAAGGCUCCCAAAAGGAGAGGCCCUAAGAAGAAGAAGAUGACCAAAGCUAGACAGGAGAGGUUUCGUGCCCGGCGGAUCAAGGCUAACGCCAGAGAACGUUCCCGUAUGCAUGGGCUGAAUGAUGCCCUGGAUAACCUGCGCAGAGUUAUGCCCUGCUACUCCAAGACACAAAAGCUGUCAAAAAUAGAGACUUUACGGCUGGCCCGCAACUACAUCUGGGCUCUGUCAGAGGUGCUUGAGAGUGGCCAGUCCCCAGAGAGCCAUGGCUUUGUGGAGAUGCUGUGUAAAGGUUUGUCUCAGCCCACCAGUAACCUUGUGGCUGGCUGCCUGCAGCUGGGACCCAGUCCGAUGAUGCUCAACAAACUGGAGGACAAGUGUGGAGGCCCAGGGGUGGGUGGUAUGGGGGGUCAGGCUGGCCAUCCCCUCAGCUACCCAUCCCCAGGCCUUCCCAGCCCCCCCUAUGGCUCCCUGGAGGCAGCCCACCUCCUCCACAUGAAGGGAUUCAAGGGGCCUGUAUAUGACAACCCCUCCCCUAACGAAUGCAGCAGUGGCACCCCACCAUAUGAUGGGCCCCUCACCCCUCCCCUCAGCAUCAGUGGUAACUUUGCCCUGAAGCAGGAGCCUUCUCCCCAUGAGUCAGAGAGGAACUUCCCACCCCACCCUGGCCACCAUGCCCACUACCUCUCGUCGCACCACUACCCCACUUCCACAAGCGGUGGCCUACCAGGUGGGCCUCAGGGCCACCCACUCUUUCAGGCUUCACGUUAUGAGCUGCCCCUGGAUGUGGCCUUUGACUCCUUCACUCCCUCUCACUUGGUCACCUCUCAGAUGGGUACCAUCUGA